AAGCCAACGUCUGCUUUCAAUUCCUGUAUGCUGAGCACGCUGUUACGCUCACAUAAUUACAGACGGCUGAGGGCAAUGACUGACAUGUUUCGUGAUACUAGAAACAAAGAUCGGGUUGUCUUAGUAGAGUCUCAGGAGAGGCACGAUGAACUUAAAACUGAGGCCAGACCAGUGAGAGCAAUGAAACCUCCAGCUUAUGUUCCAAUGCAGGUGAGGCCCUAUGAUGGGCCCUCUGGACAGCCUGGAGAAUCUGUAUUGGUUCAGCACACCAGUGUGAACAUCGUCACUGAGCCUCCAAAGGACCAUAUUAUCUGGUCCCUCCUCUGCUUUGUCUACUCAAACCCCUGUUGUCUUGGACUUGCAGCUCUCAUUUAUUCUAUCAAGGCCAGAGACCGGAAGGUGGUUGGAGAUUUGGAGGGUGCACGGCAUUAUGGGGCCACUGCUCGCCAGCUUAACAUAACUUCCACAGUCCUGGUUGCCCUUGGACUCCUGUUUUUCAUUAUUACGAUGAUAGUUGUAUGGGAAGAGACAUAUGAUUAAGCUCUCAAAGUAACAAACCCUGCCAAAACGCUUCCUUUUAACAGAUUGCAGUGCAUUGCUUGCUGCUAUGACUUAACAUCAAUUAAAAUAUUAACAUCAAUUUUAUUAUCAGUCUUCAUUAUGAGAUUUUGACUAUGAUUUGUCUCUGUUGGCAUGUCUUUUGUUUGGAAAAGAUAACAUUUCAUAUAUAUUGUUUUUUCAUAUUUCAGUGAAGGUAAAUGUAUAUAAAGAUGAUUUUUAGCCAAUUAAAUUAAUGUUUGUGCCUAUCUAUCUACACCCAGGUGAAAAAUAAGCACACUGCAUUUGGCGUCUGCUACAUUACAUACGGAACAAUGAAUGACAGUAUACGGAAUUCUUCUUUGUUCACAAAAACCUUUUUUCUGUAGCUGUGGAUCAUGCUGCAUAUUCACUGACGGGGAUCUCAGCUCAUUCAUGGCAGGAAAAUCUUUUUAUUGAGAUGUUUCAUUUUCCACUCACUAAUAUUCCACAGAAACAGUGUGGACAUUUCAUCCCCUUAGAAUUUGCUUGAUUUAGAGAAUUAAGAGUUGAUUUGUAUGCUAUGUUAUAAUAAAUAUAAUCUUUGAGAUUUAAA